CUCCUGCAAACCAAAGAUCAAACCUUUGCAAGAAAUUUCUCUUUUUUUGGUGUAAAUCUAUGAUAGAUUGAAACUCUUUGGAGGACCACCAAUGUAGUGAUGGUUGACCAGAGAAGGGUACUGUGUCCACAGAACCAAGGUUUAGCGGAUUAUGUGUUGCAAAAGAUGCAAGAAUACGAAGAUAAGCCUAAGGGUUUGUCAGAAAAUCUGGAGAAGACAUUUGUUAAAGCCUAUAGAAAUGUAUGUGACGCCAAGGAUUCAAUUGACAACCUCAAAGACUUGUCGAAGAUCAAGGGCUUUGGCAAGUGGAUGGUUAAGCUCAUGCAAGAAUAUUUUGUUACUGGUCCUGAAGCUUUACCUGGAAAUCGUGCUGGGAAAAAGGCCAAGGGAACAGAACCGUACAGGCCGCGAAGAAAUUCUGCGGCUUAUGCAUUACUAAUAACAUUGCACAGAGAGACUGCAAAUGGGAAAGCAUUCAUGGGUAAACAAGAGCUUAUGGACGCUGCUGACGCUAGUGGGCUCUCACACGUUCCUAUUGCGCCAGAGAAAGGUAAAGGAAAAGUAGGACUUGGAAACUCUAAGAGGGAGUGGUAUAGCGGGUGGAGCUGCAUGAAGACACUUAUAGAGAAGGGAUUGGUGGUGAAAUCUAGCAACCCGGCAAAGUACAUGCUGACAGUUGAAGGUCGGAAUGUAGCAGAUGACUGUAUCGUGCGAUCUGGAUUACUUAAUUCGGUUGACAUCUUAUCUGAUGAUGAAAUGGAUCCUGCUGAGCAAGCAAAUAUACCACCUAAUCCAAAUUCAACCUCCUCUUUUACCAUGAGAGAAGAACAGCCGUAUGUCGAUGCAAGAUCCAGGGGACAAUCAUCCAUUCCAGCUGGACCUUCUUCUAGAGCACAAGCAUGUCAAGUUGAUCUCGAGGGAUCUCAUGCCAAGAAGUUCCGUUCUUACAAUGUUGGAUCCACCUUAAAUCCAUGUUCUUCCGGUUCGAGCCAUGCCAUGAAAGCCUGCUCAUCUUCUUUGGCAUCCGAUGGAACCGAAGGAGUAACAACUAUUCCACGCCUGCCACCUCUUAGAUUCGGAGAAGCGUUUGAGGAAGCAUAUGAUGUGAUCUUGUUACUGGAUGAUCGAGAACAGUUUGCCACCAAGGGAUCAAGAUCCAUAGUUGAUAACAUACGCUCUGUAUUCAAGAUCAAGAUUGAGGUUAGAAGAUUACCAGUUGGGGAUUGUAUCUGGAUUGCUCGGCAUAAGUACCAACAAGAUGAAUAUGUUCUGGACUUUAUUGUUGAGCGGAAGAACGUUGAUGAUAUGCGCUCGUCAAUUAUGGAUAAUCGGUACAAGGACCAAAAACUUAGACUUCAGAGAUCAGGAAUCAAGAAGCUGAUAUACAUUCUUGAAGGGGACCCAAACCAGUCUAGUACAGCAGAAAGUAUUAAAACGGCUUGUUUCACAACGGAGAUUUUGGAAGGAUUUGAUGUGCUGAGGACAAACGGGCUGGGUGAGACGUUAAGAAAAUACGGUUAUCUCACUAAAUCGAUAUACCAAUACUACAAGUCACGGGUGAAUGAUGACCAGAGCAAAGUCGCUGCCUCGUGUCCUUCUUUCAAUGAUUUUGUCAAAAGGUGUCAAGACCUUGGUAAAAUGACAGUCAGCGACGUAUUUACCAUUCAGCUUAUGCAGAUACCGCAGGUAACAGAGGAAAUUGCCAUAGCUGUUCUUGAUAAGUACAAAACACUUCGGUCUCUUGCUUCUGCCUACUCUAAACUAGAUGGGAAUGUCUCGGCGCAAGAAGAAAUGCUGAGGAAUCAAAGCAACAAUCUGAAACCAUAUGUAUCUCAGUGCCCUAUACAAGUCAACACAACCGAGUCACCUGGAGCUUCCAAGUGAAAAUAGUGAGUCAGAAGAAGAAAUACGUAUGUUUUUAGGAUUAAUCUUCUUCAUUAAACUUUAAGUUAAUCU